GUGUCCCUCAGUGGGGCUGUGAGUGUGUGUCUCUCAGUGGGGCUGUGAGUGUGUGUCUCUCAGUGGGGCUGUGAGUGUGUGUCUCUCAGUGGGGCUGUGAGUGUGUGUCUCUCAGUGGGGCUGUGAGUGUGUGUCUCUCAGUGGGGCUGUGUGGCAGAACGCUGGGAGGGAUGGAGCCAUUUUCUUACAGAAUGAAGAUCUGAUGUUGCUGCUGAUAAUCUUCUAUGGUAAUGAAGCCACGCCCACGGCACAAGUGACUCCUGAAUAUUAUUGCAGAGCCCAGUGCACCCUGGGGGAUCCAGAGGUCUCAGGAGCGUUGAUUGAUGUGGCCAAGCACCUGGGCAAUCUGAAGUACAGAGUGUGGGAGAAGAUGCUGGGGACUGUUCAAUACACUCCUGUGACUCUGGACCCAAACACAGCACAUCCCAAACUCUCACUGUCUGAGGAUCUGACCAGUGUGAGACGCAGUGAUGAGGGACAGCAGGUUCCUGAUAAUCCAGAGAGAUGUGUUGGGUGGUUGUGUGUGCUGGGCUCUGAGGGAUUCAGCUCAGGGACACACUGCUGGGAUGUAGAAGUGGGGGGUGGGAUCUGGCAGGUGGGUGUGGUUAAAGAGUCAUUCAGCAGGAAAGGGGAUGCGGAUGUGAGCCCAGCAGGAGGACUGUUUGGUAUAGAGCUGUUCAGGGGCAAAUACAGAGCCAUGACCUCCACACCUCCACGCCUCACUGUGCAGAGGAAACUCCAGAGGGUCAGAGUGCAGCUGGACUGGGAUAGGGGGAAGGUGUCAUUCUCUGACCCCAGUGACAACACUCCUCUCUACACUUUUAAACACUCCUUCACUGAGAGACUGUUUCCUUUCUUUUGUACUCUGGGGACUGUGCGGAUCUGUCCACUGAAGGUGUCUGUAAGUGUAAAAUAGCAAUGUGGCAUUGUUGGUAAACAUCAGUUGAAGUAAAAUGACUUUAUUUAAUCAACUCAGAGCAGGUUUACUACAAAUGUCAAACAAAAACACGUCAUGAACAAAAUAUAGUCAAUUAUCUGAAAUGUAAAUACAAACAUUCUUAAGUGCUUGAUGAGAAAUGUCUGAUCUCUCUGAUAUGACCUCACAAUGUUAUUACUGAAUAAUUACUGUGGUACAUGGUGGUACUGUAAGUACACUGGUGUUGUGUGUGUAAUGAGUUGAGGUGUAAU